AUGCAGCACAAUAAUACAAAAUAUAACAUACUACAAUGGAACCUAAAUGGUUUCUACAAAAGAAUCAGUGAAUUACAAAUAAUAAUAAACAAAUACUGCGCCGAAAUCAUUUGUCUUCAGGAAACAAAUUUUACAAGCUAUAAAAAAAAAACACUAAAAGGAUAUACAAAUUAUACCAAAAUAAGAGCUAACGCAAUCCGAGCUAGAGGAGGUAUCUCUAUAUUCAUAAAAUACUCAUAUACUUCCGAAGAAAUACCUGUCAAUACUCCACUUGAAUCCGUAACCAUAUCUGUUCAAUUCAAACAAAAGAUUACAAUUUGCAACAUUUACCUAUAUAACCAAUCACUCUUCACCGAAGCAGACUUAAAAAAUUAUCAUUCUACAACUCUCUCCGCGUUCGUUCUAUUAGGUGACUUCAACAGUCAUAACCAAUUAUGGGGCUGCAUUUCUACAAAUUCAAGAGGGGAAAUAAUCGAAUCGGUCAUAGAUUCUGAAAACCUAAUUACAUUGAACAACGGUAAACCCACUCAUUUUGGAACAGCAUCCGGUACACAAUCAGCUAUUGACUUGACAUUCACAACAACUUCUUUUGCCCCUCACCUUACAUGGGACACCUUAUCUCAUGCAUAUGGAAGCGACCACUUGCCCAUAAACACGAAAUUGACGUACAGAAAUACAGAAGACAUUCAAGUAGGCAAACCAAAAUGA